CGUUCCUUGCCGUAGUUACAUGUUCAGACCCGGAAGUGGCGAAAACACGUGACGCUGCUGUGUGAGGCUCGGUGAGCUGCUGUGGCACGGCUCGGAUCACUUUGGACCGGUUCGGCUCUGGUUCAGUGUCUUUUUCGGUGUGUGACGUCAUGUCGUCGGUGGUCUGUGAACCUGGACAGUUUGAUGACGCAGAGGAGGACAGUCUCUGCAGUGUCCAAUCAGAGCUGUCGGUUGUGACCAGUCAGCUGAGUGAUGUCACUCUGCAGCCUUCAUCAGACCAUCAGCAGGAAGAGGAGGAGGAUGAUGAAGAUGAAGAAGAUGAUGAUGAUGAUGAGGAGGACUGGGCGUGGCGUUCAUCAGGAGGAGAUCUGACCAAAAGAUACAACAGGACAUCUCAGAGCUGUCAGUCCAACAGACAGAAUCCGUCCAAUAAGACGCUGCCGUCGACACCGUCUGACAAAGCUCUGAGGAAGUACGAACACAAGAUCAACCUGGAUAAACUGAAGUACGCCGACUCUGUGAUCAAUAAAGUGACGAGCAUGCAGAGACAGAAAGACGCCGACACGUACAGGGUGAAGGACAAAUCAGAUCGAGCCACGGUGGAACAGGUUUUAGAUCCUCGAACACGAAUGAUUCUGUUCAAGAUGUUGAGUCGAGGAAUCAUCAGUGAGAUCAACGGCUGCAUCAGCACCGGGAAGGAGAUGGCAGGAAUCCCAAGUCCAGAACCUCUCCUGCUCAGAAGUCAUGUUCUGCUGAUGAGCUUCAUCGGGAAAGAUAACAUGCCGGCUCCUCUGUUGAAGAAUGUCUCCUUGUCGGAGUCGAAGGCUCGGGAGCUCUACCUGCAGGUUCUACAGAACAUGAGGAAGAUGUUCCAGGAAGCUCGACUCGUCCACGCCGACCUCAGCGAGUUCAACAUGUUGUAUCACGAUGGAGACGCUUACAUCAUCGACGUGUCACAGUCAGUGGAACACGACCAUCCGCAUGCUCUGGAGUUCCUCAGGAAGGACUGCAGCAACGUGAACGAGUACUUUGUGAAGCGCGGUGUGGCGGUGAUGACGGUCAGAGAGUUGUUUAACUUCAUCACCGACCCAUCGAUCACCUGCCACAACAUGGACCAGUACCUGGAGAAGGCCAUGGUGAUCGCAGCCGAUCGGACGUCGGAGCAGCGAUCAGAUCAGGACAGAGUGGACGAGGAGGUGUUUAAGAAGGCGUACAUCCCCCGCACGCUGACCGAGGUGAGUCACUACGAGCGAGACGUGGACCUGAUGAGGACCAAGGAGGAGGAGUCUGCCAUCUGCGGACACGACGACAACGUUCUGUAUCAGACGCUGACCGGACUGAAGAAAGACUUAUCUGGAGUUCAGACGGUUCCGGCUCUGCUGGAGGAUGACCAGCCUUCAUCACAAUCAUCAUCCUCAGAGGAGGAGGAGGAAGAGGAUGAGCGGGGGGAGGAGGAGGAGCAGGAGAAGCAGGGGGAUGAAGCCCAGAUGGACAAAAAGGAGAAGAAGAAGAAGGUAAAGGAGACUCAGAGGGAGAAGAGGAAACACAAAGUACCCAAACACGUGAAGAAGAGGAGGGACAAGGUGUCCAAAAUGAAGAAAGGAAAGUGACGACUUCCUGUUUGUCAACAGCCACGACUCAGUCCUGAACUACAGCCGAACUACAGCCGAACACCUAUAGUACCACAGAGACCCUCAGGCAUGAACUUCCUGUUAAAGUUGUGAAGUUGUAAAAACAGUUUUCAGGCCUGGACGAGAUUGUUUUGAUUCUCAGAAUUUUUAUUAAGUUUUGACUUUACAUUGUUUUUGUUUAAAAUCUGUUGAUAAAAACAUUCUGACAUCAUGA